AUGUUUUCCAGAAGUUUAUUAAGAUCCUCAUCAGCAACUUCAAGAUUAAUGUUAAAUAAUACAUUAAAAUUAUCAUUUAGAUAUCAAUCAUCAUUAAUUGGUAAAUUUAAUAAAGAAUCAUUAAUCAAUACAUAUUCCAAAGGUCCAAUUGAUUUAAGAUUUACAGAAGAUCAUGAAUACGUUGCAGCACAUCCAGAUCAAACAGCUUUCAUAGGUAUUACAAAAUAUGCAUCAGAUGCAAUUGGUGAUGUUACAUUUGUUGAAUUACCAGAAAUUGGUGAUAAAAUUGAUCAAGGUGAUGUUAUUGGAUCAAUUGAAAGUGUUAAAUCAUCAAAUGAUAUUUUUGCCCCAAUUUCAGGUGAAGUCAUUGCAAUUAAUGAACAAUUAAAUGAUAAUGCUCCAUUAGUUAAUAGUGAUCCAUUAGGUGAUGGUUGGAUUGUUCAAGUUAAAGUUGAAGAUGCUGAACAAUUAAAAGAAUUACAAAAUGAACAAGAAUAUGAAGAAUCUUUAAAACAAGAUGCUUAA